CUGUAUACCUACAAUGUACUGAUAAAUUCAAUGAUGAAAAAAAAAAAAGGAAAGAGCAUUCUCUGGAGAGCUUCCUGGCAUUUGAAACACCAUCCGGGCUUCUUUACUUGGCCUCAGUCUAAAUGAUGGUCUUGUGACAGUUAUUAGUAUAGAAGAAUAAAUUUAGUGGGGACACAUUUUUCAGGUCUGAUGCGCAUAUAGGAUCCCAUGGGGGGGAAAACAAUCUGAAAAAUAUCAGCUGUGUAUAAAAUGCCAACUGUCCAGGUUCCUAUUUUCUAUUUCAAGCUGCUCAGGAUGAAGUUAUCAGUACCCAAGGAGAGAAUUAUCUCUUCAGCACAAUUCAGGAACAUGACAGGUCUGAAAGGAACCCUUGAGGUUCUGCUAUGGCAGCAACUCCUUGCAGACUGCAGCAAGCACAAGCCAAGCAAUGCAGUCAUCCGUGGCUUCCAGGAUGACAUCCUGGAUAUUACAGCCCCAGCCAUGCACCAUCUGAAUGCAGCCGCGACGUCAGGAUCCUGUCAGCAGGUCCUAAACCUGAAAGGACGAGGACAGAGAGACGGGAGGCACUCUUCUUCUCAUGGUACUACUGCGCUGUUUAUUACAGGAACUCUCCUUUUAUACUCUCCAGCUGCGGGGCUGCAAGAGAGUACCGCCCACAUCCAGAAGGAAAUCGCAAAAAAUAACCAUCAGAAGCAUAUUACAAUAACAUAUUUAGAUCCGGCGGUGAACAGUAGACUUACUGCGAGGAUCAGGCGCAGCGGUCAGUCCUCCCGAGCACCGACCGUCGCUGCCUUCGACCUGGGUCCGGGAUUACGUAUCCUCCUCUACUUUCAGGUCCCUGUUCGGGUGCUACUUGUCGCGAGCCACGACUACAGGACCUCUCCUUUUAUACUCUCCAGCUGCGGGGCUGCAAGAGAGUACCGCCCACAUCCGGAAGGAAACCGCAAGUACGAUAACAACUAUUAUGGGUUACCUUUGCUAGGCAACAGGUCAGACAACCAGUUGAACCCGCCCAUUGUUAUGGGCGACGACACGCCCACACUGCUCGGGUGA